AUAUCCGUGAUUUUGUCAAGGGCAGGAGUAGCCCUCGCACGAAAAGAAAACAAAUUAUUAAAAUACUCUCUUCGGUGUUGAAACACUCCAGAUGAAAUUAUUUAGCAUGUUUUUAAAGUUUUACUGAAUUAUUAAUUACGGUAUAUGUCUGGAAAUGUAAUUACCUCUGGAGAUCACGUUUUAUACAUGGAAUGCCGCAGCGGAAAUAUACCUGUAUAGCAUCAAUUGUUUCAAGAAAUGCUAAGAGGUAUUAUGAUUGUAUUUUUUUCCAAAAUUAUUAUUAACGCGCCUUUAAUUAUAUUUUAUUGUAGCUUUGAAUUGCUAUCGAACUAUAUAAUACGUAAAUAUGGAAGGUGAUUCGAAACCUUGAGCAUAUUUUCGAUUCCACCGACUUCGAGUUCAACAAUGAUAACAUUUGCACGGAGGUUCUGUAUAUGCGAUACUUCACGAAGUUCGACCUUGCUCAGUGUCUGCAGAGGUCAUUCAAAAAGCAGCAGGAUGUCGUGCCCUUGCUCGGGAAAAACCGAUCCAAAACAAGCAAAAUACACGAUUGUUAUGGUGAGGCAUGGAGAGAGCGAAUGGAAUCAGAAAAAUCUCUUCUGUGGAUGGUAUGAUGCCAACUUGAGUGAGAAAGGUCAGCAAGAAGCUGCAAAUGCAGGGAAGGCUUUAAAGGAUGCUGGUUAUAAGUUUGAUAUCGCCCAUACUUCAGUUUUAACCCGAGCGCAAAAGACUCUUGAAGCCAUACUGAAAGAAAUUGGCCAGACAGAUUUGCCGGUGGAAAAGACAUGGCGUUUAAAUGAGCGGCACUAUGGCGGGCUAACGGGGCUCAAUAAAGCAGAGACAGCUGCAAAAUAUGGAGAAGAGCAGGUGCAGAUAUGGCGGCGAAGCUUUGAUGUUCCUCCCCCUCCAAUGGAUGAAGAAAAUCCGUAUUACAAGACAAUAUUGGAAGAUCCUCGAUAUGCGAAUGGUCCUAAGAAGGAAGAGUUUCCUAUGUUUGAAUCUUUGAAGCUGACAAUUCAAAGAACAUUGCCAUACUGGAAUGAUGUUAUAGUGCCACAGCUUAAAGCUGGGAAAAGAAUAUUGAUUGCUGCUCAUGGAAAUAGUUUAAGAGGAAUUGUAAAACAUUUGGAUGAAAUGUCAGAUGAAGCAAUCAUGGGUCUGAAUCUGCCAACUGGAAUACCAUUUGUAUAUGAAUUAGAUGCCAAUUUAAAACCAGUUGUUUCAAUGAAGUUUUUGGGAGAUGAAGCUACAGUGAAAGCAGCAAUGGAAGCAGUUGCAGCUCAAGGAAAAUCGAAAUAAAAUCUAUUAACUCAUGUAAAUUAUAAAAGGUAACUUAUUUAUUUUAUUGUAUGUAUGUGAAAUGUGAUUGUAAAUUAGGAAUUUUGAAGGCAUAAUUAAAACCUGUUGCUGAGCUACUGUCUCAUAAUUGAUAUUUAUGAAAAAAAGGAUUGUUGAGAAUAAAUUUGAUACCAUUUUUAUGCUCUUCAGGCCACACCUACUAAAACCUUUGUCAUGUGAAAUAUAUGCUACCAGAUAUGUUUUGGUAGAUAGAGAAAUUGUAAGACCAGAAUAGUGAGAGGUAAAAUAAAUGUUACCUGUUGAAAUAUUAAUUUUAAUUACAUAAUAAAGAGGUCACAAUA